AUGGCCCCCCAUCGAGACCCUCUGCUGGGCUUGGAGGCCACGCGGAGCCUCCUCCUCCUCCAGGAGCCCCGGCUGGACCUGGUGCAGAUGCUGCACCCCGGGAGGAGGAGGAGGAGGAGGAGGAAGGCAGGCCAGGAGGAAGGCCUCUUCUUCAAGGAAGAGCAGGUGGGAGGCUUGGAGACCCAGCAGCCAAGCGCCGAGCAUCAGCAGGAGGAUGACACCUUGGCUGGGGAUUGGAGGCUGAGCUCAGCCUCGAAGCAAAGGCCGGAGGAGGAGGAGGAGGAAGAAGAGCAGGAAGAAGGUUCAGAGGCCCAGCAGCCAAGCACCCAGCAUCAGCAGGACUCCUUGAAGCAAAGGACAGAGGAGGAAGGCUCAGAGGCCCAGCAGCCAAACGCCGAGCAUCAGCAGGACUCUUUGGUUGUGGAUUGGAGGCUGAGCUCAGCCUUGAAGCAAAGGCCAGAAAAAGAGGAAGAAGAACAGCAGGAGGAAGGCUCAGAGGCCCAGCAGCCAAGCGCCAAGCAUCAGCCGGAAUCUUUGGUUGUGGAUUGGAGGCUGAGCUCAGCCUCGAAGCAAAGGCCAGAAAAAGAGGAAGAAGAACAGCAGGAGGAAGGCUCAGAGGCCCAGCAGCCAAGCACCAAGCAUCAGCAGAAGGACUCUUUGGUUGUUGACUGGAAGCUGAGCUCAGCCUUGAAGCAAAGGCCAGAAAAAGAGGAAGAAGAACAGCAGGAAGAAGGAUCAGAGGCCCAGCAGCCAAGCGCUGAGCAUCAGCAGAAGGACUGCUUGAAGCAAAGGACAGAGGAGGAAGGCUCGGAGGUCCAGCAGCCAAGCACCGAGCAUCAGCAGGACUCCUUGAAGCAAAGGACAGAGGAGGAAGGCUCAGAGGCCCAGCAGCCAAGCACCGAACAUCAGAAGGAAGACUCUUUGGUUGUGGAUUGGAGGCUGAGCUUAGCCUUGAAGCAAAGGCCGGAGGAGGAAGGCUUGGAGGCCCAGCAUCAGCAGAAGGACUCUUUGCCUCUGGAUUGGAGGAUGAAGCAAAGGCCGGAGGAAGAAGAGCAGGAAGAAGGCUCAGAGGCCCAGGAGCCAGGUGCCCAGCAUCAACAGGAAGACCUGCACCACUCUUUGGCUGUGGAUUGGAGGCUGAGCUCCACCUUGGAGAAGAAAGAACAAGAGGAAGACUUGGAGGCCCAGGAGACAAGUGUCCACCAUCAGCAGGAGGACUCUUUGGUUGUGGAUUGGAGGCUGAGCUCAACCUUGAAGCAAGGCCCAGAGGAAGAAGAACAAGAGAAAGACUUGGCGGCCCAGGAGACAAGUGUCCACCAUCAGCAUGACUCUGUGGCCCUGGAUUGGAGGCUGAGCUCAACCUUGAAGCAAGGCCCAGAAGAAGACUUGGCGGCCCAGGAGACAAGUGUCCACCAUCAGCAUGACUCUGUGGCCCUGGAUUGGAGGCUGAGCUCAACCUUGAAGCAAGGCCCAGAAGAAGACUUGGAGGGCCAGGAGACAAGUGUCCACCAUCAGCAGGAGGACUCUUUGGUUGUGGAUUGGAGGCUGAGCUCAGCCUUGAAGCAAGGCCCAGAAGAAGACUUGGAGGCCCAGGAGACAAGUGUCCACCAUCAGCAGGAGGACUCUUUGGUUGUGGAUUGGAGGCUGAACUCAGCCUUGAAGCAAGGCCCAGAUGAAGACUUGGAGGCCCAGGAGACAAGUGUCCACCAUCAGCAGGAGGACUCUUUGGUUGUGGAUUGGAGGCUGAACUCAGCCUUGAAGCAAGGCCCAGAGGAAGAAGGAGAAGAGGAAGACUUAGAGACCCAGGAGACAAGUGUCCACCAUCAACAGGAGGACUCUUUGGCCCUGGAUUGGAGGCUGAGCUCAGCCUUGAAGCAAGGCCCAGAGGAAGACUUGGAGGCCCAGGAGACAAGUGUCCACCAUCAGCAGGAGGACUCUUUGGUUGUGGAUUGGAGGCUGAGCUCAGCCUUGAAGCAAGGCCCAGAGGAAGACUUAGAGACCCAGGAGACAAGUGUCCACCAUCAACAGGAGGACUCUUUGGCCCUGGAUUGGAGGCUGAGCUCUGCCUUGAAGCAAGGCCCAGAGGAAGACUUGGAGGAGGACUCUUUGGUUGUGGAUUGGAGGCUGAGCUCAGCCUUGAAGCAAGGCCCAGAGGAAGACUUGGAGGGCCAGGAGACAAGUGUCCACCAUCAGCAGGAGGACUCUUUGGUUGUGGAUUGGAGGCUGAGCUCAGCCUUGAAGCAAGGCCCAGAAGAAGACUUGGAGGCCCAGGAGACAAGUGUCCACCAUCAGCAGGAGGACUCUUUGGUUGUGGAUUGGAGGCUGAACUCAGCCUUGAAGCAAGGCCCAGAUGAAGACUUGGAGGCCCAGGAGACAAGUGUCCACCAUCAGCAGGAGGACUCUUUGGUUGUGGAUUGGAGGCUGAACUCAGCCUUGAAGCAAGGCCCAGAGGAAGAAGGAGAAGAGGAAGACUUAGAGACCCAGGAGACAAGUGUCCACCAUCAACAGGAGGACUCUUUGGCCCUGGAUUGGAGGCUGAGCUCAGCCUUGAAGCAAGGCCCAGAGGAAGACUUGGAGGCCCAGGAGACAAGUGUCCACCAUCAGCAGGAGGACUCUUUGGUUGUGGAUUGGAGGCUGAGCUCAACCUUGAAGCAAGGCCCAGAGGAAGAAGAACAAGAGAAAGACUUGGCGGCCCAGGAGACAAGUGUCCACCAUCAGCAUGACUCUGUGGCCCUGGAUUGGAGGCUGAGCUCAACCUUGAAGCAAGGCCCAGAAGAAGACUUGGCGGCCCAGGAGACAAGUGUCCACCAUCAGCAUGACUCUGUGGCCCUGGAUUGGAGGCUGAGCUCAACCUUGAAGCAAGGCCCAGAAGAAGACUUGGAGGGCCAGGAGACAAGUGUCCACCAUCAGCAGGAGGACUCUUUGGUUGUGGAUUGGAGGCUGAGCUCAGCCUUGAAGCAAGGCCCAGAAGAAGACUUGGAGGCCCAGGAGACAAGUGUCCACCAUCAGCAGGAGGACUCUUUGGUUGUGGAUUGGAGGCUGAACUCAGCCUUGAAGCAAGGCCCAGAUGAAGACUUGGAGGCCCAGGAGACAAGUGUCCACCAUCAGCAGGAGGACUCUUUGGUUGUGGAUUGGAGGCUGAACUCAGCCUUGAAGCAAGGCCCAGAGGAAGAAGGAGAAGAGGAAGACUUAGAGACCCAGGAGACAAGUGUCCACCAUCAACAGGAGGACUCUUUGGCCCUGGAUUGGAGGCUGAGCUCAGCCUUGAAGCAAGGCCCAGAGGAAGACUUGGAGGCCCAGGAGACAAGUGUCCACCAUCAGCAGGAGGACUCUUUGGUUGUGGAUUGGAGGCUGAGCUCAGCCUUGAAGCAAGGCCCAGAGGAAGACUUAGAGACCCAGGAGACAAGUGUCCACCAUCAACAGGAGGACUCUUUGGCCCUGGAUUGGAGGCUGAGCUCUGCCUUGAAGCAAGGCCCAGAGGAAGACUUGGAGGCCCAGGAGACAAGUGUCCACCAUCAGCAGGAGGACUCUUUGGUUGUGGAUUGGAGGCUGAGCUCAGCCUUGAAGCAAGGCCCAGAGGAAGACUUGGAGGGCCAGGAGACAAGUGUCCACCAUCAGCAGGAGGACUCUUUGGUUGUGGAUUGGAGGCUGAGCUCAGCCUUGAAGCAAGGCCCAGAAGAAGACUUGGAGGCCCAGGAGACAAGUGUCCACCAUCAGCAGGAGGACUCUUUGGUUGUGGAUUGGAGGCUGAACUCAGCCUUGAAGCAAGGCCCAGAUGAAGACUUGGAGGCCCAGGAGACAAGUGUCCACCAUCAGCAGGAGGACUCUUUGGUUGUGGAUUGGAGGCUGAACUCAGCCUUGAAGCAAGGCCCAGAGGAAGAAGGAGAAGAGGAAGACUUAGAGACCCAGGAGACAAGUGUCCACCAUCAACAGGAGGACUCUUUGGCCCUGGAUUGGAGGCUGAGCUCAGCCUUGAAGCAAGGCCCAGAGGAAGACUUGGAGGCCCAGGAGACAAGUGUCCACCAUCAGCAGGAGGACUCUUUGGUUGUGGAUUGGAGGCUGAGCUCAGCCUUGAAGCAAGGCCCAGAGGAAGACUUAGAGACCCAGGAGACAAGUGUCCACCAUCAACAGGAGGACUCUUUGGCCCUGGAUUGGAGGCUGAGCUCUGCCUUGAAGCAAGGCCCAGAGGAAGACUUGGAGGCCCAGGAGACAAGUGUCCACCAUCAGCAGGAGGACUCUUUGGUUGUGGAUUGGAGGCUGAGCUCAGCCUUGAAGCAAGGCCCAGAGGAAGACUUGGAGGGCCAGGAGACAAGUGUCCACCAUCAGCAGGAGGACUCUUUGGUUGUGGAUUGGAGGCUGAGCUCAGCCUUGAAGCAAGGCCCAGAAGAAGACUUGGAGGCCCAGGAGACAAGUGUCCACCAUCAGCAGGAGGACUCUUUGGUUGUGGAUUGGAGGCUGAACUCAGCCUUGAAGCAAGGCCCAGAGGAAGACUUAGAGACCCAGGAGACAAGCUGA